ACAGUAAAUGAUAUCACAAGAUAACAGGAAAUUUAUAAUAACGAAUCACUAAUUGCUGCUGGUUGAUUACUUGGAAGAGAAUACUCGAUUGGAAUGGCUCCGUAUUUACGGAGGAACAUAAAUGAAUCAAGAUGUGAAGUUUUUUCAUACUUACGACUCUUUGCUAAUCCUAUAAUUCCGAAGAUGCCCAGUUGCAUGGCUGCAAUUUUUAUACUGGUUUUUGCAUUUGGUUAUUGCAAUGCUGAAAGUGAUGUGCAUUAUGCAAAUCAAUGGGUUGUUGAAAUUGAUGGAGGUGAUAUAGCAGCAGAUGAAAUUGCUACAUUGUAUGGAUUUAGGAACUUUGGAAAGCUUUUUGAAGAUGGCAAUGCAUAUAAGUUUUAUCAUCCUUCUGUUAUGAAAAGAUCAAUAAGUGAGAGUCAUGAACAUAAUUCAAAAUUAACUUUACAUCCAAUGGUGCGCAGUGUCGAACAACAAAUAAUCAAAAGUAGGGUAAAACGAGACAUAACACAUUUCACUGAGGAAGAUCAACCCAAGGAUCCACUUUGGCCAAAGACUUGGUAUUUGCUUCCCACAAUUCGACCAAGCAUGAAAGUGUUUGAAGCAUGGGAGGAAGGUUACACAGGGAAAGGUGUUGUUGUUACUAUUUUAGAUGAUGGAAUAGAAUAUAAACAUCCUGAUCUUGCUGCUAAUUUUGAUUUGCAAGCAUCUAAAGAUGUAAAUGACCAUGAUGAUGAUCCUGCUCCAAGAGAUACAUAUUCAAAUGAAAAUAGACAUGGAACAAGGUGUGCCGGGGAAGUGGCAGCAGUUGCAGACAAUAAAUACUGCUCUGUAGGAAUUGCUUAUAAAGCUUCUAUUGGAGGGGUUCGUAUGCUCGAUGGUCAAGUUACAGACAUGGUGGAAGCUGAAUCAAUAGGUCUGAGACCAAAUCACAUUGAUAUAUACAGUGCUUCAUGGGGACCCGAUGAUGACGGUAAAACGGUUGAUGGACCGGCACGGAGAGCUAAAGAAGCAUUUGAAAAAGGAGUCACAUUGGGAAGAGGUGGAUUAGGAUCCAUAUUUGUGUGGGCAUCAGGUAAUGGGGGAAAGAGACAGGAUAAUUGCAAUUGUGAUGGAUAUACAAAUAGCAUAUAUACAUUGUCAAUCAGCAGUACAACAGAACAUACUCAAACACCAUGGUAUUCUGAAGACUGCUCAUCUACUCUAGCGACUACAUAUAGCAGUGGUAUUGACUCAGACAGACAAAUAGUUACUACUGAUCUUCAUAAGAAAUGUACGCAAUCACAUACAGGAACUUCUGCAUCUGCUCCUCUUGCUGCUGGAAUAUGUGCUCUAGCAUUGGAAGCAAAUAAAAACUUGACAUGGCGAGACAUGCAGCACAUUGUGGUUCAAACGGCAAAUCCUGAUGGCUUAACAGCUAGUGACUGGGCCCUGAAUGCUGUCGGAAGAAAAGUGAGUCAUUCAUAUGGAUAUGGAUUAAUGGAUGCUCAUGCUAUGGUACUGAAGGCAAAAAGUUGGAAGACUGUUCCCCAACAGAGGAAAUGCAACAUUACCAUAUUACAUCAUAAUUCCAAGUCGUCUUUUUCAAGGGGAAAACCAUUAAAGAUAACUUUUAAUGUUAACACAUGCGAAGGUGUAAUGCCUGACAGAUUAGAGCAUGUACAAGCUGAAAUCAGUGCAAGUUGCGACAGACGAGGUGAUAUGAACAUUUAUUUAACAUCAGCAAUGGGAACAAACUCUACAUUGCUAGAUAGCAGGCAAGUAGAUCUGAAAUCUGGUGGUUUCUCAAAGUGGCCUUUCAUGACAACUCAUAGCUGGGAUGAAAAUCCUGUUGGAUCGUGGACAUUGGAAGUUCAUACACAUGGAGUCGUUACUGGCACUGGUUCUGUAUCAUAUUUCAACCUCAUACUCUAUGGAACUUUGAAUAAAGACUGGUCAGCAGGUCUUGUUGAAAAUGUUCAAACCUCAACUACGAGUGUCGCAGCAUCAAAAAUAGCUUCAUCUCCAGUAACUGAAGUUCAUAUAACAAACAGUAAGUUGCUUGAUGACUUGAGCAGGUUUCUAAUUAUUGGGACAGAUGAAGUUUCUACAACUCCAAGCCACUGCAAGAUCACCAAGUCUAACAAUUUAUGUAUAGUGUGCGAAGAUGGGUAUGUUCGCAGCCAUGAUGGGUUGUCUUGCCUAACCUCUUGCCCAGAUGGACAAUAUCUUUCAUCGAAAUGGGUUGAUGAAGCUAUGAAUGCUGCAGCUGAAAAAUUACCCAGGACCAAUGAAGACCAUGAUAAUUUGGAAUCUGACAAUGAUGGAUAUCCUGAGAAAGUGAAUGUGUGUGUUGUUUGCGAUCCAGGUUUUUACUGUACUUCAUGUCAUGGACCAGAGAUAAGUGAUUGUUCCAAAUGCAUUGAUGGGUUUAAUCUAGUAAAUGGAGAAUGCAUUCUUGAAAAAUCAGAAAACCAGGAGUUGCACAGAAAAAUCUUUGGUUUAACUAUAGCAGUUUGCAUUUUUUCUGUCAUCAUAUUUGUAUUUUUGUUUGUGUCCCUGCAUUAUUGCAGGAAACAAAAUAAACACUGUUGUUAUCCAUCAAGUACAAAGCCACUGUACUCUUAUGUGCCGAAUGGUAUAGACAAUGACGAAGAGCUUGAUGGGGCUCGUUAUUAUAGCAAUGGUACUAUAGGAUUUGUAGACAAAAAACGUGGCAAACCUAAUGGCUCGGCACUUAAAGAUGCUGAUAUGAAUCAAGGACUUCUAGAUGAAAGUGAUGACGGGAGGACUUGAAACACUAAAAAUUGGAAAACCAAAUGCGCCUUUACCUGAAGCUUGAGUUCACCAGUUCUAUGCCCGUCAUCAAUGUAUAGACUUUAAAUGCAGUUGAAGCCCAAAAAUCAAUGUUUUGGUUAAUGUAUGUUGAAUUAGCGAAGUAUAUUCGCUAUUCAAAGCAGUUAAUAAUGUGCAAUUACCCAAAGAUUCCAUCUUAUUGGCAGUGUUAUACUACUUGCAUUUUAACUGAUCUGUCAUUGGUCGCAAGACUUGCAACAACUAAUCUGUUGUGUCUUCGAUUCAAUAUAUUCUUGACACAGUAACAGAUACAGAUCAAUAGGAUGAUUUUAAUGUUCUUACCGAGUAAAUCCAAGUCAAAUGAAUUCUUCUUAUUGUGGUAGUUGUAACUUGUAUCGCAAUUGGCACUCACUCGAAAUUUCAGGUAUACCCAACAUUUGAUAAUCGUAGGUAAUCGAUUAUUUUAACAUUUCUGAAUCGAAAAAUUCAAUCUCCACUAAUGUGUGAAACAUUUCCUGAUAAAUGUGGACCAAUUUCGAAUAUAUUUGAUAUUCCAUUUUUGGAAAUAUAUUUUCAGAUUGUAUUCAGAAUAUAAAACUAUACAAACUCUUAUGGCCAUAUUUGAUUGAAAUUACAACUAGAGAGCAGAUGUUACUACCUGAGAUUACAAUUUCUAUAUCUAGAGUUUAACAUCUAGUUAGUCCAUAACCUAGUUAUCAACAAAAUUAUUUUAUUCCCAAUCAGUUCAUAAUAAUCUGAGUACAAGCAUGCAGUACUUUUACAUGUGCUACAGUAUAAUGAUUAUCAGAUCAAGUAGUGUUCGACUUUUUGUACUUGGGAAUUUACUAUUACAUUCACUACACAAUUUUCCAUGCUAAAAUUUUGCAUACAUCUGUAUUACUGUAUGCCUUAUUUUUGGUACAUUUUAUUCCAACAACCAUUCUUCUAUCACACCUAUAUUAUAUUCUUAUUAUCCUUUGUGUUUGUUUCUUGGCACUUAAAAUAGAACAAACUUUUUUUUCUAUCAUUUGCUUAUAUAUUAUUCCAAUGCUCAUUGUGCAACUCGCAGUACAACUUGCUUUGUGAUCAAAUUUUUAGAUAGGUCAUGCAUUUUGAUUUUACCAUAUCUCAUUGUUUCACUGGUAUAAGUUAGUUUUUCAGUGGCGCAGGAAAAUGUAAAUUGAUUGCCUCGUCACUCACUAUUAUCUGUAACAAAAUUUCCCUAGUAUUUCCUUUCAUAAGAUCACUGUCUGCCUCUACUUCUCAUGUCCAUUUGAAAUAAAUAAACAUAAUGAGGAAGCAUCCCCAACAUCUCGCUGACAAGAUCGCCAUUGAUGCUUUAGUGUUUAUCUAUAUUCUUACUCAAAAUAAACAUCAUUUGUGUGUCUGAAAAAUCCAAUUCAAACUCACUGCCUUUAUUACAUUAUUUAUUUAUUGUACACAUCUUCUAAGGAGGCUUUAAUAUGUCGUCCCAUAUUGGUGCGUUUGGCUGGUAUAAAAUCUUAAAAACAUGUUCACUAAUUCUAUCAUGUAUGACUGAAUGGACGAGGAGACAUUGGUUGCGACUAAGGUAACAAGGAAUCGGUCACACGUAGGUAAUGGCGCCAUGAGAACUUCAAUUUGAAAAGUUUCCCACGUAAGCAUGCCUGUGGCCGCGCUUUGUGCCAUCAAGAGCUGCAAAAGUGAAACAGUACAUUUUGUGUGCUUUGCUGCUAACAAUUAUAUGUACGUUAUCCUGAUAAACAUUAGUUUGCACAGUUUGGUGUGAGUUAUAGCACCAUGUCUUAGCAAAAUUUUAUUGAAUCAUGUUUUAUUAGUUACUGAUAUUUUUGAGAUUGGUGCUUGCUGCAUAUUGGAAAUUUAUUUUGUUUUUCUUGCCGUCCUGUAACGUAUAUUUAAGCAGCUGAAAAUGUAUCAUGA